AUGGAAGGAGAUGUUAAGCUACUUCCAGUGCACUGUCCUGUGGUCUGGGCAGAAAAGCGGCAGAGUCUCUGUGAUGCCCUGCCCUACUUCAAGAUGCACCAAGGUAGCCUCUAUUCCAAGCAGCUCAUUCCCAAAGGCUUCCUGAUUGAUGGGGAAUUCACCUAUCGGGACAUGAUGAACACAGACAUUGUCAUCACCAGCCUCGGCGGAGGCCGAGCAAGAACGGCCGAUGGAGACAUGGAACGUGUUCGUGAGUGUCGUAGGCCAGCCUUAAAUUCUAUUCUCAAAGCCUGGAAAGAGGACAUCCCCAUCGCCGUUAUUGUUGGUCGGAACUACCCUCUCCUGCCAGUGCAAGCGCCACACGCUUACAACGUGCUUGACUGGUUCAAUGUGACGGAUCUCUGGGUUGAACGUGAAUCCCGAAAUGGUGUCUUUAUCCAUAAAGUUCGCUUGGAGAGAACUAAUCGUAUAGCCAAGCCAUGGUGGCAGCCAUCGGGGUCCAUUCUGUCGGACUUGUCCUACUCCGCCGACUGUGCGGCUGUCUGGGCAUGGUGCGUUGAAUGCAAGCAACCGAGCAAGACUAUCUUCGACGGCGACAUCUGGACGUGUCUCCACAAGAAUUGUACGCGGGCUUUUCAAUUUCAACCAGAAAUGGACACCAACAAGCUGGUAUAUUCAGCAGUCUUCAUCAACGAGCGUACCGCCUUCGUCCCUCCUCAUGAAGCCCUUCGACCAGCCCUUCCUGUGCUCUGGGAGAACUCUUGUGGCACCGAGAUCGAGUUCCGCUGUGGAAUUGUCUGCCCCAAAUGCUUUGGGUGCUCUCGACGAAGGAAUUGGGACCGUUGGGUCUACGAAACUCCGGGCUGUCCCUUCGUCUUGAUCGCGCCUCCACCCCCUUACCCUCUCUGUCGCGUCGAAAAGGAAAAUUGGGAAUUCAAUGCGCGCAAAUGCCUCAAGCAAAGCAGAGUAGGCGAGCAUGUCGUGGCUUCGCGGCUGACAAUUGGGGCGUACAGCGCAUACCAGUUCCUCCUAGCUGAUAUCAAGGACGCAUUAAAGGUCAUCGGGUCGGUUCAUGUCUUCCGGGCAACUGCCGUCACCAAUGCUCGCGACGAGGGACCAAACAGCCUCUGGAAUGAGAUUCAACUCGCUUCCAACCAAGGAUUCGGUCUGCAGCGGAAUCCAGUCAGACUUGCCGGUCAUAAAAGCGAAGUGCUGACGCGCCACUUUCAGCAAAACUGGGGUGCUCCUUACAAAUUCGUCGUCAAUGUUCUAUCAAAGAGCUUCGAAGAGGCACCAGAUGCUAUUCUCAAGGCGCUCAUGCGCCUUCGCUGGGCCGGUCGAGAAUCGGUCAGAUGCACCACGCAAUCUCUUGCUACCGACUUUGUCGAGUUCAAUGAGCUCCUCUCUCUGGGGUAUAUGGAGGGAGACCGUAUUGGCUAUCACGACGAUGGAGAGGACACCCUGGGCCCGACAGUGGCCACGCUCUCUCUCGGAAGCCCCGCUCUGAUGGCCUUCCGCAUCAAGAAGAAGCAUAAUAGCGAUCAGCGGGAAGUGCUCAGGUUCCCCAUAUACCAUGGGGACAUGGUGGUGAUGCAUGGGACUGACAUCCACCAGUUCUACGAGGCAUACCCUGCUGGCAUGCGGCGCUUUGCCAUGACCAGUCGAAAUAUUGUUCUCGACACCCUCGAUGAGCACACGCGGCUCGAAGCUAUAAGAAAAGGCAACCUUCCCGAGCGAGCCCACGGCUGGCAAUAUGAUGGCUUGUGA